UCUAUCGCUUGGACGGGUUGGUUGUGCCACUCGUCUGCCGCGUGUGUUGUGGUUGCAAGUGUGUGGCGCAGCUCUGAGCCGCCGCUCCAUCCUCGCAGAUUCGGGCAGUGCCCGGCCGCACUUGCGGCGCAUCGAGUUUUCUUUUUGUUUUGUUAGUGCCAUUUUUUGUUCUGAGUUCUGCCAGUGACUAAAGUGCCCUGUGAAGUGUCCCAGUGACUGUGAACAUGGCUAUGUUUACCGGAUUCACCGCCCUCGUGGUGCUGAUCGCUUGUGGAUCAGUGCUUUGCGAGGACGAAACCAUAGGCCCGAUCUUCAUCAAGGAACCCCCGAACCGAGUAGACUUCAGCAACACGACCGGCGCCGUAGUGGAGUGCGCAGCACGAGGCUCCCCCGCUCCUGACGUUAUCUGGGUCCGCGCUGACGGAACUGCUGUUGGGGACGUCCCUGGACUGCGACAGGUGUUGCCGAAUGGAAACUUGGUGUUCCCCCCGUUCCGCGCCGAGGACUAUCGUCAGGAAGUGCACGCGCAAGUGUACGCCUGCCUAGCCCGCAACCCCGUCGGCACCAUCCACUCCCGCGACGUCAACGUACGAGCUGUUGUCACACAAGCAUAUACAGUGAACCUCAUGGAAGAGAGCGUGUUACGUGGCAAUGCCGCCAUCCUAAAGUGUCAUAUUUCUACUUUCGUCACGGAGUAUGUGAGCGUUUCGUCUUGGAUUAUUUCGGAGGGAGAUAAAGUUGAAUUGGAAAUUAUAGCCGAGGAAAAUAGGGACUUGGAUGGAAAAUAUCUAGUACUGCCAUCAGGAGAAUUACAUAUUAGAGAUGUGGGACCAGAAGAUGGCUAUAAAUCAUAUCAAUGUAGAACUAAACACAGACUAACUGGAGAAACUCGACUAUCUGCUACCAAAGGACGACUAGUCAUCACUGAACCUACAAACAAAAUAGCUCCACGAAGUGACAAAAGUAAAAAAUUUGAGGGUGGUGAAAUAUUCUUAGUUUCUCGAGACGACACUGUUUACCUUACUUGCGAUGUAUCCGCUUACCCAGCACCUAUGUUUCGAUGGUACAAGUUCAUUGAUGGCACCACUAGAAAACAGCCAGUCACACUUAAUGACAGGGUAAAACAAGUUUCUGGAACACUUAUUAUUAAAGAAGCCAAGGUAGAAGACUCUGGGAAAUAUUUAUGUGUGGUCAACAAUUCAGUCGGAGGUGAAUCAGUAGAAACUGUUUUAACGGUAACUGCCCCUCUAAAGGCAACAGUUGAACCAGCAACGCAAACUGUAGAUUUCGGCAGACCAGCGGUCUUCACUUGCAGAUAUGAGGGUAACCCUGUAAAAACUAUUACUUGGUUGAAAGAUGGCAAAGACAUGAAGCACCACGACUCUACAUUAAGGAUUGAAUCUGUAAAGAAGGAAGACAAAGGAAUGUAUCAAUGCUUUAUCAGAAACGAUCAGGAAAGUGCUGGCGCUAGCGCUGAACUAAAACUUGGCGGGCGAUUCGAACCCCCACAAAUCAGACACAGUUUCGGCGAACAAACUCUGCGAUCAGGACCCUCUCUAAGACUGAAAUGCGUCGCGUCUGGUAACCCCACUCCUGACAUUGCAUGGCUCCUUGACGGUGAGAAGCUGACUAGUGGAGAGCGUCUACAAAUUGGACAGUUUGUCACGGCUGAAGGAAACGUCGAAUCGCAUCUCAAUAUAUCUUCAGUUCACACCAAUGAUGGAGGAUUGUACUCAUGCAUUGCGUCCAGCAAGGUCGGCAGCGCAUCUCAUUCAUCUCGCGUCAACGUCUACGGUCUGCCAUACGUUCGCCCCAUGAAGAAACGACCAGUUGUUGCCGGAGACACCCUUAUCGCGCACUGCCCUGUUGCCGGGUACCCGAUCGACUCUAUUGUUUGGGAACGAGAUGGAAGAGUGCUACCGAUCAACCGCAAGCAGAAAGUCUUUCCCAACGGUACAUUGGUGAUCGAGAAUGUGGAACGCAUGAGCGACCAGGCCACUUACACCUGUGUCGCCAAGAACUCCCAGGGUUACAGCGCCAGGGGCACGCUAGAGUUACAGGUUAUGGUGCCUCCUCAAUUGCUACCAUUUGAGUUUGGUGAAGAACCAGCCAACGCUGGAGACACGGCGUCGGUAUCUUGCGCUGUGAGCAAAGGAGAUCAACCUCUAAACAUUACCUGGUUUUUGAACGGCCGAAUGAUACCAAAGAACAAUAAUAUGGGAAUCGUUCUAACCAGCAUCAACAAAAAGACCACGAUAUUAAACAUAGACUCUGUAAGUGGCAUACACAGGGGCAUCUACCACUGUGUGGCGACGAAUCCGGCCGGCUCCACCAAUCACAGCGCCGUACUUGAAGUAAACGUGCCCCCGCGCUGGAUUCUUGAGCCCACUGAUAAAGCUUUUGCCCAAGGCUCAGAUGCUAAGGUUGAAUGUAAGGCUGAUGGCUUCCCCAAGCCCCAAGUGACAUGGAAGAGGGCUGAAGGGGAUACGCCUGGCGAUUACAAAGACCUUAAACCAAAUAACCCUAACGUUAAAGUUGAAGAUGGAACUCUAUCUAUUUCUAAUAUACAAAAGACGAAUGAGGGUUAUUAUCUUUGUGAAGCUGUUAAUGGAAUCGGUUCAGGACUAUCUGCCGUUAUUCUUAUCAGCGUUCAGGCUCCUCCGCAAUUCGAAAUCAAAAUGAGGAAUCAAACAGCCCGCCGAAGCGAACCAGCUGUACUGCAGUGCCAAGCCAAAGGUGAAAAGCCCAUUGGAAUUAUCUGGAACAUGAAUAACAAACGACUCGAACCCAAAUCCGACCCACGCUACACAAUCCGUGAAGAAAUAUUGCCUGGAGGAGUUGUGUCUGACCUCAGCAUCAGAAGAACUGAAAGGUCUGAUAGCGCUCUCUUCACUUGUGUUGCCACCAACGCCUUUGGAUCUGAUGAUACUAGCAUCAACAUGAUUGUACAAGAGGUUCCCGAAGCUCCUUACGGUUUAAAGGUCUUAGAUAAAUCUGGCAGGACUGUUCAGCUUUCAUGGGCUGCUCCUUACGAUGGCAACUCGCCUAUCAAGAAGUUCCUAAUUGAGUACAAGCGCGCUAAAGGCAGCUGGGAAAAGGAUAUUGAUAGAGUUCUUGUGCCUGGAGAUGCGGCCGAAGCCGGAGUAUUCAGUCUGCGUCCCGCUACCGCCUAUCAUAUCAGGAUUGUUGCUGAAAAUGAACUGGGUACAUCGGAACCCUCUGAAACCGUCACUAUUAUCACUGCUGAAGAAGCUCCCACUGGCCCACCCCAAGACGUUAAGGUUGAUGCUGCAGACAAACAUACCCUCAGAGUCACCUGGAAGCCACCCCCACCACAAGACUGGAACGGCGAACUGCAAGGAUACUAUGUUGGAUAUAAACUGGCGUCAAGUAACAAAUCUUUCGUUUUCGAAACUGUUGAUAUUUCCAAGGAAUCUGGCAAGGAACACCAUCUUGAUAUCAUGAAUCUGAAGACGUACACCCAAUACUCAGUUGUAGUUCAAGCAUUCAACAAGAUGGGCUCUGGCCCAGUUUCUCAGGAAAUCAAGGCGUACACUGCUGAAGGCGCCCCAUCUGCCCCGCCCCAGGAUGUUCUCUGCACUACCCUCACAGCUCAAACCAUUCGUGUUUCCUGGAUUUCGCCUCCUCUUGCAUCAGCUAAUGGAUUGAUCAAGGCUUACAAAGUUGUCUAUGGCCCUAGCGACACCUGGUAUGACGAGAAGACCAAAGACACCAAGAUCACGGCCAGUAGCGAAACUAUUCUGCACGGCUUGAAGAAGUACACUAAUUAUUCAAUGGAAGUACUGGCAACAACUAACGGAGGUGACGGUGUACGAUCUGCUCCUAUUCAUUGCCAGACUGAACAAGAUGUUCCCGAAGCUCCUCGAGCGGUAAAAGCCCUUGUUAUGGGAGCUGAUUCCAUCCUUGUUUCUUGGAGACCACCAGCGCAGCCAAACGGAGUUGUCACUCACUACAACGUUUACACGCAAGCCCAGAAUGCUGAGCCCCACCCUAACAAGGUACCAGCUUCUCAAACCAGUUACUCGGCUACUGACCUGAAACCCGGACGAUAUGAUUUCUGGGUCACCGCUUCUACGAUUAUUGGUGAAGGUCAACCGUCAGCUACCGCAUCCUGUAGCCCUAGCGAUAAAGUUCCUGCAAAAAUUGCGUCAUUCGACGAAUCGUUUACUGCCACGUACAAAGAAGAUGUCAAACUGCCUUGCCUUGCUGUUGGUGUGCCUCCUCCUAACAUUUUAUGGAAGGUUAAGGGCCAGCCGUUAGAAGCGUCAGAGCGCGUUCGUCAACUACCUGAAGGAUCUCUGCAAAUCGCUGGAGUUGCCCGCGAAGAUGCCGGAGAAUACUCAUGCCAUGUGGACAACCAAUUCGGCACUGACACUGUUACUCACACGCUUUCCGUUUUGGCUCCUCCUUUCCCCCCGCAACUAAGCAUCGCGUCGUCUUCGGUAUCGUCUCUGACUCUCCGCCUGAAGCCUUCAGACAACGCCGACCAGUCCCCUGCCGCCGGUUACACCAUCCACUACAAACAAGAAUUCGGCGAUUGGGAAACUGUUCAGAUUCCAAGCAACACCGACACGUACACUUUGGAGAACCUGUUCUGCGGCUCUAGAUAUCAACUAUACGUUACGGCUUAUAACAGCAUUGGCACUGGCGAAGCGUCUGACGUGGUCAUCGCUCGUACCCGAGGCUCCAAGCCGCCGGUACCCCGCGCCGCUGACUUCAUUGAAGUAGGAAGCUCUUCCGUCACCCUGCAUCUAAAACAAUGGCUCGACGGUGGUUGCCCUAUGAGCCAUUUCGUCGUUGAAAACAAGAAGAAGGGUGCAGCUGAGUGGAAUCAGAUCUCAAACGCUGUGAAACCAGGAGGCAACUUCGUAGUACUCGACCUGGAACCCGCUACUUGGUAUGUCUUGAGGAUCACUGCACACAAUAACGCCGGCUUCAAUGUUGCUGAAUACGAAUUCGCUACUCUCACUAUGACUGGUGGAACCGUUGCUCCCCUGCCCGGCAACGCGUACGAAGGCAAAGAACUACCUCCUUGGGUAAAGGCUUGGUUGGAACCCGAAGUAUUAGUACCGAUCUUGGCAACGAUCGUGGUGUUCAUCGUGGGAGUGGUGGUGAUCUGCCUGACCCUUGCGCGUAGGAAUACGCCCCACCGUCUGCGAGGUCAGAAGGACGUGUACUAUGAUGCAGUGUACAACGCCUCACAAGCGGCUUUGGGCGGCGGCAAUGGAACCUUGGACAAACGUGGUGGACUGCGUGACGAACUUGGCUACAUCGCACCCCCCAACCGCAAGCUGCCCCCCGUACCCGGCUCCAACUACAACACAUGUGACCGAGUGAAGCGACAGGCUGUCAUCAUGGGCGCGCACUCAACGUGGGACCCGCGCAGGCAUCACUACGAGCGCGUGCGCCGACCGCGGUUGCCCAUGCGCCGUACUGGAUCCGGCGAGACCAUAUCCACAGGCAUGGAAGAUGAGAUCUGCCCGUACGCGACGUUCCACCUGCUGGGCUUCCGCGAGGAGAUGGAUCCGAGCAAGGCGUUGGCAUUCCCGCACCACCACCCCGCGCACGCCGGCACGCUGGCGCACCCACACCCCCAUCACCCGGCACACUCCCGCGCUGGAUCACAGAGCAUGCCCCGAGCCAACAGCCGCUACGCCCGAAAGAACUCGCAGGGUGGACAGAGCGCCAUCUACUCCACGGCCCCCGAGUACGACGACCCGGCCACCUGCGCUGAAGAGGAUCAAUACCGUGCCCGCUACUCUCGCCCGAUGUACGCCUGCGGCCCUGAAUACGACGAGCCGGCUUGCUGCGCCCCCGAAGACGAACAAUACACCGGCGCCUACGGCACUCCCUACUCCGAUCACUACGGCUCUCGUCCCAGCAUUGGUACUCGCAAGUGCGGCGGAUCCCCCGAGCCUCCCCCACCGCCACCCCGCAACGCCAACAACGACAACAACUGCUCCUCCUCCUUCAACGAGAGCAAGGACUCCAACGAGAUCUCCGAAGCCGAAUGCGACCAACCACGCAACUACCCCGUAAGGGCCCACACUGCCAAGGACGGCUUGCACAGCGAGGAAAUGAGGAAACUCAUUGACAGACCAGAAGCAACCACCCCAAUCCCCCAGCAAGCAGUCCACGGGCGGGGACUCACAGCCUACGAUACUGUGGCAGUGUAACCUGUAAACUACACUAGCGCUGGCGCAUGCGCACGCGACACACGACUACUCUUCUUUAUAAUCUUUUUUUACCGACCAUCGCCAUCCUGCUGACGCGACGCUCAUUCGCUUCUCUUUUAUCUUUAUAUUACGUUCAAAUCGUUCUUAUCACUUAUUGUUUCUUUUUUCUAAUUCGCUCCUAAUAGACACAAAACUGCUAUCAGCAGGAUGGUGAUACUCGUGCCAAAUUUUUAGAUUUUUUACAAUCUUCGUUUGUGUGUCGCAUUUUUGUGAUGCCGUUUAAAUUUACCCCAACUUAGUUGGCUGGAUUCUUCUUUUUAGUUAAUUUGUAAGGCGCACAUCGGUGCCAUAAGUAAACCUUAGUCCUUAGUUCGGGCUCAAUCUGCCUGCGGUAAACUCGCAACCUCGGGUGAUAUGUAUAUUAUCAUCUACCUAUCCUUAGUAGAGGCAAAGCAGCGUCACUUUUUAGUGUUACCAUACGAAAACAGAAAAUUAUGGUUGUGGUAGUUAUUUCAAAUUGAUAUAUUUGAUUAAAUAGAGAGGUGACGCGUUCCUAUUCCUGUCCAAUAAGGUAUACAUUGUUUCCUACCGCCCGCGCCCGCGCCGCGCGUCUGCCGCAGGCAUCGCUAGAUCGCAGUACAUAGUUUACCUUAUUUUUUCUUAUUUGUUCGGCUUAAUUUAAAGAAAGUUAGACAACGGCUGGUAAUUUGGGGUGAGGAAAGUUUCGAUUUAAAUUAAGCUCAACAUGUAAUAAUGUGAUAUUUUGUAUUUUUAUCCCGUUUUAAUUUUUAUACUAACAUAACGUUAUUUAUAUUUGUGUACUCGUAGCAAGGUAAUGUUUAGGUACGCGCGACCGUCAGGUCGAUACGAUGCUUCCUUUAAUGUUAUAGUUUUCGUGAUGCUUUUUACCAUUUUGCGUUAUUGCCAAGUCCUAAUUUGUAUUAUUGUAAAAUGUUUUUUAAUGUUUGAUUUGCAUUUAAGCGUACACUACUUUACGAUAAGAAUAGAUAUUAAGCUUCUUUAUUAGUAAUUAAUCAACUUUUAAACAAAAUAUAUAAUCUGUAGCUAGUUAGUAACAUAUUAUGUGUUACUCAAUAUUACAUAAAAUUAAUGCUAAUCAACAUUAGGUACACCACCCUAUAUAUACAGUGGAUUGCAAAACCAUACCAGUUACGGAUACGAACAGCCGUGCUCAUCUAGAUAUACCAUCAAAUAUGUAACAAAUAUUAUUGAAAUGGAAUUUGAAGCUUUUAAUAUUACUCUAGUAUAAUAAGGUGCAUUUUUAAUAAUCGUAAUUUUAUCCUUCUAUAUGAUAUGCAAACGAUUAGUCGUAAGACACAAGAGUGUCAUUUUCUAGAUGUUUCCUUAUAUGUUGUGCAUCGUCGUGUAAGCUUGGCAACGUAGCUCGUAGGUAGGUUCCCGCGGCUUCCUAGCAACCGGUAUCUUCUCUUAACCUUCCACUUAGAAAUUGAUUAAAUAAAAAAUACUAAAAUUUAAUGUGAACAAAUUAAAUAAGAAGUUUAGUCAAAAUUAUGGAAAAUUAACUACUAAUAUUACUUAAAAUAUCUUAAAAGUGGAAUUAAAAAAUAGUAGGAUUUAAAUAAAAAUUAUAACCGAUUUUGAUUGGCGUAUUUUUAUGGGACUGAUUUUAUGAAGAUUCUUUAGGUGUAUCGCUUAUUGUCUUCGUGCGUUUGGUUUGCCGCUAGUAGCGAGUCGGAUAAGUUUUAUAAUUAUAUGAUACAACAUUGCUAACCGCAGCUAACUGUUUGUACCAAAGUGUUUGAUUUGUGUUGAAUAAACUACUCAAACUUCAACUAUGA